CCUCUGAGUGUAUAAAGUGCCUUCACAGGCUUCCUGCCCUGCGUACAAGAGUGUGGACAUUUAUGGGGAACCACUGUGGCAGCCUCCCACUGGAUUAAACUGUGGGGAUGGAAAAGUGAAUCAGGAGAGGCUGUUUGUGGAAGUCAGACCACAUAGCAGGAAGAGUUAACAGCAAGAUGGAUUUGGGAAAGGACCAAUCUCGCUCGACGCUCCAUCAGACACCUGGUCCUCAUCAAGAAGAGAACCAUGUUCCAGAAGUCAUUGGAACUUGGAAUCUGCGAAACAGAGAACAACUCAGGAAAAGAAAAGAGGAAGCACAAGAGAAGCAAACUUCACAAUGGCAAUUUGGAGGGAAAAAAUGCAAGAGGCCAAGGAUAGGAAAAGGAAAUAAAAGAGGCAGAAAGAGACAACAAAACACAGACCUGAAGGUGGAGCCUCAGUCACAAUUUAAAAAGGACAUGAGGGAGAAAGCAUUAGCACCUAUGGAGAAAGAACUUGAAUCGCCUAGGACUAUAACUGAAGCGCUCUAUCUGGUAGCCUCUCCCAAAAAAGUUGUGCCUGAGAAACAAAUUUUUGCAAUGGAUCAAGAAAGCAUUAUACAUCAGGCGAAUUCUUCCGAGAUACAAGAAACAGCAAUACAAAACCACUCUUCUGAAACAUGCCAAGAUAUGGCUGACCCUGAAGUCCUCUCUCCUAAAAUGUGCCAAGAAACAGCUGUACUUCAAGGCCAUCCUUCCAAAAUGUGCCCUGAUAUGGCUGAACCUGAAGCCCUCUCUUCUAAAAUGUGCCAAGAAACAGCCAUACUUCAAAACAAUUCUUCCAGAAUGUGCCCUGAUAUGACUAAACCUGAAGACCUCUCUCCUAACAUGUGCCAAGAAAUAGCUGUACUUCAAGGCCAUCCUUUCAGAAUGGCUGAACCUGAAGAUCUCGCUCCUAAACUGUGCCAAGAAACAGCUGUAGUCAAAGUCCUUCCUUCUAAAACUGAAGACAUAGCUAACCUGGAAGGAUGCUCUCCCGAAGCAUUCACCAAACCAGAUGUGCCUAAAGGCUAUGCUCAUGAAACAUACCAGAAAAGAGCUGAACCUGAGGAAUACAAUUCUGAACCAGAUCAAGGAAUUGCUGAGAUUGAAAGCUUCUUGCCUAAAACAGAAGAAAUAGCUGUGCCUAAAGACCUUUCUACAAAAACACACCAAGAAACAGUUGAACCCGAACACUUCUCUCAUGAAACAUAUAAAGAAAUUGCUGUGCCUAAAGCACCCUCUCAUAAGACAACCCAAGAAAUGCCUGCUGCUGGGGAAUAUCCACCUGAAAUAUACCAAGAAACACCUGAGUCUGAAGACUCUUCGCCUGAAAUAUACCAAGAAACACCUGGGUCUGAAGACUAUUCACCGGAAAUAUACCAAGAAACACCUGGGCCUGAGGACCUCUCCACCAACACAUAUAAAAAUAAGGAUGUGCCUCAAGAAUGCUUUCCUGAGCCGUACCAAGAAACAGAUGGGCCCCAAGGCCAGGAUCCUAAAGCACACCAGGAGGAUGCUAAGGAUGUUUAUACUUUUCCUCAAGAAAUGAGAGAAAAACCCAAAGCAGAGGAACCAGAGAUACCAGCAAUUCCAAAUGUUCCUCAAGAGAUUCAUCCAGAAAAUGACGUCUAUAGUUAUGUUUUGUUUUAACGAUGCUCAACCAUCAGUUGUCCAACAAAAUACACAUCUUAGUAUACGUGUGAUUCUCAAAAUAUUGUAUCUCUACAAUACUCA